AUGUCCACGAAUCCGGAGCGUACUGGAACAUGGCAGUUCAUGUCGGUCGCGCCGUACGUCAGCUCACCUGAGCGGACCCGUCCUGUCGCCGUUCCAGACGAACUGGAGUCCUUUUUCCAUGUCAUGCUCUUCUACGCCAUCCGGUUCCUUCCUCACACUCUUGGAAACACGGCGCAAUAUGUCGCGGAGUACUUCGACAUCUCUCAAGACUAUGGCAACAACAGGCCCCUUUGUAGCGUAGUGAAGUAUUGGGUCAUGAGAUCCGGUGAUUUCAUGAUGCCAUCGCUGAAUUUCGUGAAGAACAGUGGCGACCCGGGGAGUCCUCUCGACACUCUUAUCUACCUCCUUCUCCAGCACUUCAAGGCGAGGUACGAGGUCCUCAAAUACGAGUCAACCAUCCAGCAAAAGAAGCCCUCAAAGCCUAUUCCGACCCCUCCCGGAAGCACCGCCGACGAGGUGAAGCUCGCCCGCCCCCGGUUGAAGCUGCGCACGACGACCCCAGCGUGGCGCCGCGGUCUGGGCGCCGACGUCAGGACGAAUUUCAACGUCGAGUCAAAUCAGCCCAGCGAGGAGACCAGGGACCUUGCGGAGCGCCUGAACACGCACGACCGGAUGUCGGGGCUGUUCGCGUACAUACUGCACCCAGAGAACACCUACCCGGACGAAUGGAACGACGUUUUGGCCGUGCCGGACCAGCUUAUUGCCGGCUAUGAGUGCAGAGACGCGUUCGGCUGA